AUGGCAAUCGUGAACUUCACUACCAUGGCCAACUUCGAUGGGUCCACAAUAAUAGUACCUUCCAUUUCUAUGGCCAAUGUGCCUCAAUUGGCCGUAGAUCUCCUCAUCCAUACACUCAAACUUGAAAAAGUGGGUUCCUUGGACGACAAAUACUUAUAUCCAUUCAGUGCUCCAUUCGAUAGAAUGCCAGAAGAAAAUCCAAAACUUGGAAUUUCAUCAGCUGUUGAGAUAUAUUAUCUGAAAGAAUUACAAGUAACGGCCAUACAGCAGAGAUCACCUAUAUUACCCGGGUUCACAGAGCACUACGUUAACGAGACAAUUGCACCAUUUUUAAGUCAGCACAAGUUCAGAAAUGUUUGGAUUCUUGAUUCUGUGGAUGCUGGUAUGAGUGAAGGUUUGCCAUCAGGAACCAUGAAAGUGUUCUCGAAUCUGGAAAUGCUUCGAGUUUCGCUCGAGAGCUUAAAUAUUGGUGGCGGUAACAAAUUACCUGAUCCCACCAAUGUGUGUCAUUCGCUCUAUGCCUGCAAGCUAGUGGCGAAGUUGAUUUCUCCUGGAGCUCGAAACUUCGAACUAGGUACUAUUGUCACAUAUAUUUACGAAGGAGACAAUUUCAACGAGGCGGAAAAAUUGAGUGAUAAAGUGGCCGAAAUAUGCGAGUGGAAAAUCGAAUCCUGGAAACGGCCAGUCAGUUGGUCAGGAGUCUAUGGAGACCGUGAGGUUCCAACUGCCAUGGAGGAGGGAUUGUAUGGUUAA